UACUACGCGUCGCCCGGGCAGGCAGGUCAUUUUUGCUCCAGCCAGCGACAAGUGCACAAGUGUCUUUCUCACGCUCAAACACCGUAAAAGCAAUACAAGCCAAGUAACGCGCUCGGUCAAGAUGAAAUACUUACUAGUGGGAAUCGUUUUAGCCACACUGAGCUUCCAAGCAAUCAACGCCUUGAAGUGCAUGCAGGGUAUCGAAGCCACCAAAGGUAACAACAACCAGGACAAAAAUAAUAAUCAGAGAAAUGAGAAACCACUGGAGGUGACCGAGUGCGGGGCGGCAACCGCAGUCGCCUCAACCGCCCUGCUCGCAUUGGUCAAACCGAGCAGCUUCAGCAUUCCAAAUGGUGGCUAUAAAUGCUACCACCUGAAGUAUGAGGAAAAGAAUUCGGACGCCUCGACCAUCAUCAAGGGUUGUAUCUACUCGUCGAUUAACGUUUGCGAUGGAAAGUUCUCCUCGAGCAACAUCAACGAAGUUUUCUGCAGCCAGUGCGACAUCGACAGUUGCAACUCCGGUGGACGGUUUGGAUUCGACAUGAAGCUGCUGAGUUUAACCCUGAUGGCUCUGGUAGCAUUCCUGUUGAAGUAAAAGGAUGCUGUGUUCGGAUGACCUCACAUUCGGUGGUGAUUCAUUUCAUUUGAGUAUUUUAUCUAAAACGCUUCAGUGUGUGUGUUUUCAAAUUUAUGUUUGGCGCCAUUCAAAAAAAAUCGUUCAAGUAGCGGCGGCGAAAGGGUUUGUCUAACAGACUUUCGCUCCAGCUAUUGCUAGUAGAGGAAUCUCAUAAAAUACCUACCAAAUAUUUUAGGCCUUCUAGUGGGGCACAACGUUCAAAAGAGUAUAGAAACUAAGUGCUUUAAUAUGACAAAGAAUCAACCAUCCCAUACAAACGGAAGAGAAGAAGAAACGAACACAAUUUAUUUUUAUGAAAAAAUCGAUAGACGGGCCUCGUCGGCCUAACCUCCCCAAAAAAAGAACCAAACAAGACAAAAGUGAAUCUCCUUUCUCUUUUACCGGAUGGAAGCUAUACAAGUAUCAGUCGUGUAUAUGGCUGCACCAACCAUACAGAACCAAACAAAUUUGAUGCCAUUUUUUGCUGGUAGUUUGCAUUAGCAUAUAAUCACUUUAAUCAACCAACGAAUCCGUGGAUUAGCUCAGUAAGAGAAGAAGAGAUGAAUCGUGCUACUUUUUAUUUAUGGCUUUCGUAUACAAAUGAUGGUGUUACUGGUGAGAAAUAAAUAUGGUCGUCAACGUCGAGGACACAAAAAACCACAAAAUAAA